CUUGAUCAGAAUGAACUUUUUUUCAGUUCCUCUCCUGGAGGAACAGAAGAUUACCACUCUGCGUAGACUGUCAUCUGCUAUGGUUGGGGGUACAUUGCGCGUAAAGAUUACGCAUUAGCUAGUGCGGGAGUGGAAUGCGGUGUGGUUGCGGUUUAGGAGCAGGAUCUGUAAUCUGACAUCUUCAGGGUGUUGUCUGGGAGGAAGUGGCUGUUUGUGUGGGGUGCAGGCGGAAUGGACCGGAGCGGAUCAGACUCGCCUGUCAGCAGCAGAAAUGACGCCCACACCCGGCUGUCCAGAAGACAGGGCACCGUUGUGGAGCGGCUGUCCAGAUACGGCAUGCAGGUCAUGCCCAGCGCCUUCCAGCGGAGGUCGAGGGUGCAGAAGAUGCAGGAGGUCAGCGACUCUGCAGGGGGAGCGCCGCAGAGAGACUCCUCCUCGGAGUCUCUCACUCAGUCCGUGCGUAAAAAGUACCUAAAAGAAUUGCGCCAGAACAGCAGCCUCAGCGCGCUGUCCUCGCAGAGCUCCAGCGUGGGGGACGCGGAGUGGGCUCUGUACCCAAUGGAGCAUGCGUGGAUGCUGUCCGCCGUGGAGGGGAACUAUAACACCAUCCUGGAGUUCAUCUCCGAGGACCCCUACCUGCUCACCAGGAGGGAUUUCAUCAGCGGUUACUCCGUCCUCCACUGGCUGGCCAAAAGAGGACAGGGCGAGACUCUGAUCCAACUUCUGCGGUACGCGGAGAGCGCGGGCAUCUGCGUGAACGUCAACCUGCGGGGCAGCGGUGGCUUCACGCCGCUCCACGUCGCCAGCAUGCACGGCCAGUACAUGGUGGUCAAGCUGCUGGUGGGAGCCUUCGGCGCAAGCGUGGAUGUGAUGGACCACAGCGGGAGGAGAGCCUGGCAGUACCUGAAGGAAGGGGCCCCCGCAGAGAUGAAGGAGCUGCUGGGGGCCUGGGACGAGGAGCACCACUGCAGCCAGAACAUCAACAGGAACAACAACAGCAGCGUCCGAGAGGGGAGCCAGACCCCCAUGGAGGAGGAGGAGGAGGAGGCAGACUCCACCGACAUGGAGGAGCUGAAGACCUUUAACCUGACUGUCAGAGACAGCUGGAGACAGAGCUCUCUGAGGAAACUGCUGUCCUCCUUUCCAUUUAUAGGAAGUAAAACCUGAACACUUUAAGAGAAGUGAAGCUUUUCUGGUUGAUUUUACCCUCAAUAAAAAGACCAAACUCAC